AUGUGUUUUAGUGAGAAUGUCACUGUAUACCAACGUUUGAAAAGUCUGAUUGAUUUAAGAAGACAAGGGGAACCACGUCAGAUAAUGAAAUAUAUUAAUCCUAAAGAGGCAGAGCUUCUAGACGCUGCUGCUGGCAUUCAUGUGCGAUUCAGAUUAGGUGGAGUUGAAUUUCCCCCUCAUAUAUACUAUAAAAUUUUUACUGACAGACAUAUUGAAGAUCUGUGUGCUAACAGCCCUAGAGAUUAUACAAAACUUCCAGCAAAACAUACAUCUCAUAAUAAAAGUGAUCAUCUUCAGGAAGAGGAUCAUAGUGGCUGGUAUCGUCGGAUAGAAAACAAUGGCUGGAGGCCUGUUUCUGAUAGAUUUUGGUUAUCUACUGCCAGUGAAGUAGUGGAAGACAAAAAAGAAAUUGAAUUUCAUUUCUCUAAACUGAAGAGAAGGCAAGAUUUGGAAAAGAAAAGAAAAAUUAGAAAAAUAGAAUGGAUGAGGCAAAUGUACUACACAGGAAGCCUGGAGGCUAAGUCAACACAUCCUAAAACUCUAGGUUUAAUUCACACAGCAACGAAGGGGCUAAUAAGAGCUAUUGAAGAUGGUGGGAUAGAUUCCGUGAUGGAGUGGGAAGUGGAUGAAGUGCUGAACUGGACAAAUACACUGAACUUUGAUGAGUAUAUUGCCAACUGGAAGGAAAUUGCUACAAGCAACUCUUCAGCUAACUUUGAAGGAUUCAGGUUUACGCAAGCACAGAGAAAUAGAUAUGACUAUGAAGACAUACCAGAGAUGCAAAUGGCGACAGCAGAUAGUACUUACUAUGAAAAUCUUUAUCAAAAACCAUAUUUAACUAGAUUAACACCUGAUUCCACUUAUGGAAUAUAA